UUUUAUAUAAAUGCUUCCCUACGUUCCCCGUAUUUCCCUCAGACAAUAAGAUAUCAUCAAAUCCAUAAACUUAAUUGUUUUAACUUGAGCUUCAUCAAUGGCAAAUCAAGCAGCUGUUGCAGCGUUCUUCCUUUUCGUUCUGGGGGUUUUCUCCAACUUCGAGCUCUCUGCUUCUACGCUUGUCCUUGGCAAAGUCUCUUGCCUUGACUGCCACAACGAUUUCGACUUCUCAGGCGUUAAGGUUCUCCUUAAGUGCGAAGGCGAGAAGAAAACCAUAACCACGAUGGCGACUUCAGACGGAUCUUUCAGGUCAGUUCUACUGACCGCUGACAAAAAACGCUCCAUGAACUGUCUUGCAAAGCUCUUGGGAGGUCCUGAGCAACUUUAUGCUCAUAAACACAACAUGGUCUCUGAACUGGUUAAGUCCAAACACGAUACCAAGGUUCUUACUACCUCAAACCCACUUUCCUUCUCUCUCUCAUGCCCUAAACCAACUGGAGAUAAUGUCGGAAACAUGAUAGGAGAUUCGAAGACUGUUAAUUUUCCGGGGACAGGAGGUUUUGGAUUCCCACCUGCUAGCUUCUUUCCCUUCUUACCAAUCAUUGGCAUCCCAUGAUUUUAAUUAAAUGCGCUUGAUAAGACGGGGGACGUAUUUAUUCAUAAAUGUUGUUGUUUAUGUGAAUCUAAGUGAGCCAAGGCAAAGAUAUAUAGCAAAUUAUAGUUUUUGUUUUGUGAGAUAUAAUUAAGGUUUGUUUAUGUGAUAAGAAAAUGUUGGUUAUAUUGGCUUCUUGGAUUUGCUUUGUACCAUGUUUGUGAUAAUAAUAAGAUUGCUUUUGUCCAA